CCCGCGGCUGGCUUGCUUGUUGGCCAGUCUUAAAAAAGGUUUCCGACUAACGGGAGCGUGGGUUACGUUCCUCCUCAGUGUUUACUGGUUCCCCGUAACGUUCCACGUUCCGCCAGGUCCUUCUUCGUCGGCGUCCCCCCUCCAAAAAUCACCAAGAUGUCUGUUGGCAAGAUCAUAUUAAAAUCAACUACAAGGAUGUCGCUGAAUGACCGAUUUACAGUGUUGCGUCAAGAAAAGCCUUCAGGUCAAGGUGCUAUAGGGCUAGAAGAAAGACGUCAACAAACACAAGCUUCUAGACGUAAUCAAAGACUAGCUGCGCAGAUGGAACGCCGUCCUGCCGUAGUAGCAGCUCUGAAACUGAAAAAGAAGCCCCAGCAAAAGAAUGAAACUUUCAUACAGAAGCGUGCAGAACAGCAGAUUCAGCAGCGACCAAUAAAACAACGACUGGCCGUCAAAGGUCGCCUUUCACUUCCAAAUGAGAAUAUCAGACGCAUGGGAAGUGUUCGUGGCAGAGGAGGAAUACGUGGCUUACGAGGUGCGACGGGAAGUUUCCGAGGAAUAGGUGUAAGGGGGUCAAGUUACAGAGGUGGACGGGCUUUCCUUAGCAAUAAAGGUGGUGGAAAUAUGGUACGAGGUAGUGGAAACCGUGGGAUUAUGCGUGGUGGCAUGAGAGGAGGUCGUGGUGGAAGAUUUUUAAGAGCAAUUGGUGGAGGUCGUGGAGGGCUUCCGGGAAGAGGUGGAUAUCGAGGUUAUGGAAUGGCUGGUGGUCAGGGUCGAGGAGGACUAAGAAGAACAAGGUAAGUGAAGUGUUUACUUUU